AUGCCAGAGCCGAAGCUGACGAAAUAUGCGUCAGGGAAAAAAUUGGGUGACCAUGACUCGCCAGAAAAAUCCCUGGAUUACAACGAGUCAGAGGAAAGCCUGUCCUAUGGUUUAGGGAACUGUCGGCCUGGUUUUCUCCAGGUCUUCAACAACUCAAAGUUUCUGCUGGUUUUGUUAUGUGCAUUUGCCUGCGUACAGGGUUUUGUCAUUAAUGGAAUCAACAAUGUCAACACGUCGUCCUACGAGAGACGUUUUGGAUUGGCCAGCUCUGAGGUUGGGAUUAUCUCCAGCUCGUACGAUAUCUCGGCUGGGAUUCUUGUCCUUCCUAUCAGUUUUUAUGGUCUCCGAGGCCAUAAAAUAAAAAUGCUCACCAUAGGAUUAGCCGUUAUGGCACUUGGCUCCUUUCUUAUGGCUUUGCCACAUUUUACAACAGGGCUAUACGAAUGGGGCCAGAAUGAAACUUCACUUUGUGCUAAAGGUAACGUCAGCGAGUGCGAAAAAGGCGACUCCACUUUGUCUAAUUAUCUAUACGUGCUGAUUGGAGGACAGUUAUUACACGGAGCAGGGGGAACAACCCUGUACACUAUAGGUGUCGCCUGUAUCGAUGAUAACGUGGUAAGCAGGACGUCACCUUUGUAUGUGGCUUUGAUGUACGCUUUCGCCGCCUUGGGCCCCGCAAUAGGUUACGUUCUGGGGGGCUACUUCCUCGAUCUUUACGUAGACUUUGAAGCUGUUAGUUCUGAUGUGAUGACCUUGACGAAUAAAGACCCCCGAUGGGUGGGCGCUUGGUGGUUGGGGUUCGUCAUCGCUAUGGGGCUGGCCAUACUCCUCAUUAUUCCUUUACUGGCCCUACCCAGGGAAUUACCCAGUGCCAAAGAGGUGCGAGCGAACCGUGUAUCAGAGGCCCAUAAGACGGAAAACUGCGAUGAUAUAGGGAAUUCUUUCACGGACGCUCACAGAGUAUUGUGGCGCCUGCUGAAGAACCCAACCCUGAUAUGCAUCGCUAUGGCCGCAUCUUCGGAGGGGAUUGUACUAAGCGGCUUUGCCACCUUCAUACCGAAAUUCAUUCAAAAUCAGUACGGCCAGACGGCUGGCUACUCAGCAAUGCUCACAGGUUUUCUGGUCGUCCCGGGAGCUAUCAGCGGUCAGAUCAUUGGUGGUUACAUCUGCCGGCGCUUCUCCCUUAAGAUUCGCGGCAUGUUGCGGCUCUCCCUUGUCACGUGCCUCAUCUGUGUGGCCACGGCCGCGGGAUUCUGGGCGCGAUGUCCUCAAGACAACAUUGCUGGUGUCAGCGUACACUAUUCUGACAGUCAGUCUGACACAGUUUUACCUUCGCCCGAACUCAAAUCUGAAUGCAACGCUCAGUGUAACUGUGACCUGGACCAAUACUCUCCUGUAUGCGGGAUUGACCGUAUCCAGUACUUCUCACCGUGUCACGCGGGAUGUCAAACAAGCAAUGACGGGAAAUACUCUGCUUGUGCGUGCAUCAAUGAGACAAUCUCCUUUCCAAACCAGACUCACGGUGCCGAGGACGGCAACUGCAACAGCGUAUGCCCGAUGAUGUAUGUGUUUCUAUGUUUGUUUUUCAUCACGGUACUUCUGACCUUCAUUUCCGGAACUCCUACAACAAUGGUCGUCUUGAGGUGCGUUCCGGAAUCACAGAAGUCUUUUGCUAUGGGUGUUCAGUGGGCAUUCGCAAGGUUUCUCGGUACCAUUCCCGGUCCAAUUUUAUUCGGAACUGUGAUUGACAGCGCAUGUUUGAUUUGGAAGAAACAGUGCGGCGUUAAAACGUCGUGUUGGAUAUACGACAACGACGCCAUGGGGCGAAGCAUUUUUCUGGUUGGGAUGGGAAUUAAAAUCGUGUCUUCGUUUUUCUUCUUCCUGAGCUCGGUGGUGUACAAACCUCCACCUAGCAGAGACGUGCUCGACAAAGCCGUUAAUUUGGAGAAGGAGGUGUCAUCCGGCGGAGAAAAGGAGAAGAAUGGCAGCACGACUAUGCUGAACGGCGACGCCAUGGUAACCAAUGAAGCACGUGAAGACGGAGGCAUCGAUAAUCCCCAUGCAUCAGACCUAUAUUAACAAUUGCAUGGAAGUGUACCCGGUGACAUCGUAUAACACCUGGUGAAUAUUUAUGUCAGUUUGUGUACUAUAAACUACUGAUACUGAGAUUUCAAACAGGCAAAUGGACAAACAGGGUCAUCUAAACAGGGGUAAUAAGUGUAUAAUCAUAUACAAUCAGGCGUUUAGUUGUUGCACAGAGGAUUUCAGUACGGGAUUUCCGAGCUACAGUAUCACGACAACUGGUGUCGUUUUACGACAUUAUGGUGAACAGGGAAGUGUCGGAAGUAAGUUGUGUUUGCUUGGUUUAGUAUUAGUCGUAUAUGGCCAUCUACAGUGGUUAAUCAAUUAUCGCUCUGUUUUUUAUAAUUUGUUUGGUGACUUUAGAUGUUACCAAGGGAUAGUAACAUGCAACGCUGUAGAGUACAAGGUGGUAAAAGAUAAUCAUGCGAGUUUAAAUUAUACAUAAAACGCUUGGUUUUUAUUUCUUAAUAUGGCGUUCAGGAUUUGUCCGAAAGUUAUAAAAUUCAUAGAAUUCUUUUUUUUUCCGUUGAGCCCCGAAAUUAAUUUUCUUGCAGUGUUGAUGUCAACGGUGAUAGCUGUGA